UUUUUAAAAAAAUAAAGAAAAUAGUUUACAAAUUUGUUUUUUUAAAGAGAUAAACUAACGCAGCAGUAGGAUCCAUGCCAUAUACAUAUGUAUGUAUCCAUGUACAUACAUACAUAUCUAGCCUUUUCCCUGAAGGCAAAAUACAAUGCUCAGAAAAAAUUACAUUUUUCACUGAAUAAGAUUUUUUAAGUGAUAUAGGAAUUCCAUUCCGGAUUACUGUAUAAUUAAUUAACUUUUAUUUGACGGAAAAGUGUUCAAAAUAAGUACAUACACUUGGAAUAUUCAGAAGGAAAUCAAUUGCUGGACAAGCUUCUUUAAUGAUGGCAGACCUUACAUAUCUGGACAGUCUUUCCAAUAAGGAAUUGCACGAACAAUGCCUGAUAAAUGGGAUGCCCAAUAUUCCAGUCACAGACACUACCCGUCAAGUUAUGAUGGCAAGACUAAAUGCUAAAAUUAAAUCUCAUGUUUGCAAAACCAUAAAUUUCAAUGAACUGAAGUCUACUCAAGCAGAGGAGGUUCCCUCGACCAGUGACGUCAAUCAGAUGACAAGCCGCAAGAAUGAAACAUGUUUAUAUGGCGCUAUGGCCGCUGGUCCCUCUUUUAAUGUAGCCGAGAUAUCUUCAGUUCGCACAACAAGGUCUCAGAAGGUUCAAAGCGAACUAGCUACACAAACAACCCCGCCCACACUUGCCAAGACGGCCAUCUUAACCACUUCGCUUACAUAUCAGGAAGUUCCAUCUCAUCCCCUUAUUGCCGACAAUACUAAUGUAGGACAUUAUAUUUAUAAACGUAGAGGUGCUAUUCUAUACCCUCAACUUACAGAAUUUCUUGGAAAUGAGCCAAUUGAAAUGGAUUCGAAUAAUACCGAGGCACACCGGCCAGUAAUAGAUUCACCAUAUAUGAAGAAAAUUAGAGAUAAGCUUUCGGCUGCCGGACGCCCAAUUUUGUCUCGACCUCAAUUGCGACGCAGACUAAUAUCUGAGCUGGACAACGAAGAAUAUGCAGACCAGCAAGUGUCUACACCUGCUGUUUCGUCAAAACAUCAACUAAACGUGCAACAAUACUUAAUUAUAGUUAUAUUAGUCAUAUUGAUUGCAUCUAUGUAUGCCAUGUGCUGCUAUUAGAAUAAAUUACUGUGAUUUUCGAGAA